GAAGGUGAUCCGAACCAUACGCUACGAAGGGUGAUAAAUGUCGCGUCAAUGUCGCGUCUCAACCGCUGCAGGUGCGGCAUGACCGCGCGGCGCGGACAAACCUGGGCCACCGACCUGGCCCACCUCUGGAGGAGAUGACAAACCUGUUGGAAAAAAACAUGACCCAAUUGCAAUACAUGUCACACACGAGCAACACACAGGUGACAGGGUCCGGGAGAAUUCCAGCUUUCCAGCAUGUCGACUUUUGAUCUAUUGAAUUCGCAAGUACUUAAGUACUAGUGCGACGCUGCCUCGGGUCCAGUCUAGCGCCAGUCAUGCUCUCCCGAAUAGUUGCAGUCCUUGCUGUAUUAUUGGCAACGUUCAUAUAUCGGAGUGGUCGUAUGACUCAACAUGGCAUCCUCAAUCUUCCUGCACUACCUCCGUCGUACUACGUCAAUGGCGAUGUCCAGACGCACUGCACACUUCUCCGAGAGCCAGCCCAUACCCUCAAGUAUUGCGAAGAUAUGACCUUCUGGGACCACCUGGAUGCAGAUGGCACUGUAGCUGCCCGUUUUGUGAUUGCGGGGUGCGACCCCAACCGCAAGGCAUGGAACACUGUCAUGGGUCCCCUGCGCGACCCCGAACCAAGGGCCUACCUUUGGCUGGUCGAUACAACAGACAAUAGUCUGCAGCGUAUUGAGUUGGCAGGAUACCCGGAAGGACAUCACUUUCAUCCACUUGGGCUAGAGGUCACGCCCUCUCAAGAUGGAGCCCCAUCAUUUCUCUAUGCAGUCAAUCACGCCCGCAAAGAGACAACGGUCGAGCAGUUUAUCAUUUCUCCAGAUACCCCAACACAGGCACUCUGGCAACGCACACUUUCAUCACCUUGGUUCGUAUCUCCUAAUGCGUUGGCCAUGACGAGCGAGAUGUCGUUCUACGUCAGCAAUGACCAUCUCAUGACCCGUCGACUCCCCUUCCCCCUUGCGCCCGCCCUGCCGCUGAUUGAGAGUCUCGCUGGACUGCCCCUAAGCUGGCUUGCGCAUGUCACAGUUAAUUCUGAUGGCACAAUUACGCAUGAACUGGCCGCUCUCGGCAUAGCCUUCGCUAAUGGUGUAGCCAUCUCCCCAGAUGGCACGACCCUUGCGUUGUCUUCUACUUCUCUCGGUCAAGUCCACUUCUACGACCGCAACGUAACCACAAAUGCCCUAAAAUACCGAGAGACCGUUAGCCUCCCCUUUUUCAGCGACAACAUCAUGUUCGACGAGGAGGGUGCACUUAUCGCCACAGGGCACCCACACUUCCCGUCUCUCGUUGCCGUCGCUGGCAAUAAAACAGACGCGCGAGGGCCAAGUUGGGCCGUCUCGCUCACCCCUCUUUCUGACAACACUCAUUUCGCGAAGAGUGCACACGCGGCAGAUAGGAAAUAUGAUUUACGUGCACCGUUGUCGGCAUCAAAAGUUCAUCCCGCUAAUGACAGGUGGGAGGUGGAAACGUUGUUCCAGAGCGACGGAAGUGUCUUUGGAACAUCUUGCACAACGCUGAGGGAUUCGAGAACCGGCUCACUGUACAUGGUGGGCCUGUACGAGGAGGGGUUGAUGGUUUGUAGGCCUUAGUUGGCAACUGUCUGAACGUAAUACACAUCGAUGCUAGUACUGUGAUGUCCAAAAAUGCUAAAAAAAGAACAAGAAACUGAUACAUCGUUGCUACCAAGAUAAGAAAAGGGAAAAAUACUGGCACAGUUCU